GUGCAGCUCUUUACAACCUGGGUGGUCCAGCCUCUGGAUCUCUAGAAGCAGAUAUUGAAAUGACAUCUGAUUCUGAACCUGCACUUGCUUGCGAUAAGCGUUCCUCAAUUCCACCUGUGCAACCAGGAACAACCGAUUCGAAUGUGUGUGUUUGUGGACAGCAGUCUAAAAUAGACAAUCUGAUCGAACAAAAUGAGAUGCUGACCACCCAAUCCAAAAAACUCAAGUCCAAGUUAGAAGAGAGUAACAUGCGUUGCCUGCGAUUGACUGAUUCUUUGAAUUUAAAACUGAUGUUAAAGCCGCAAGAAGUGGUGUUCACCGAAACAGAAGGUUUUCCGGACAAGGAAAAACUCAAAAAAAUUUCGGAAGCGGCAAGCAGCGAUUAUGUAUUUGUUAAAUUAUUAAUGCAUAACCUGUGGCCUGACGGAUUCCGUCGUCGAACGGUAACCGGUCGAAGUUCCAACAACCCUCAUGGACGUGUCGGAGGACAAACGGAUCAAGCAAAUGAACCAUCAGCGAAGAUUCCAUUGGAACCGGAAAAAGUUUCGUAUGUUGAAGAUCGGUUGGAAGAACAUCGGCUGUAUCAAGGAGAUACACCAGCAGUCGCUAGGGUUAAGGCCAAAGAGUGCGGCCGAUACAUGGCUCGCCUAUUUUCAUACUAUGGCAAAAAAUGAUAUCUUUUCGUUUGGUUACCUAAGAAAGUAAUGUCAAUUUGAUUUUCAUUUAAUUUUUUACUUUUUGUGGAGUUGAAUUUCAAAGAAAAAUGUUAAGUUUGUUUUCUUCACAAACUGCGCGGAAUUUGCGAGUUUUUUUUAAAUUUGUUUGCCACUUGCAGAAAUGUAUUUUUACAAGUUAAAUAUGUG